AUGUAAAGGGAAAUCUCAACUUUAGAAAAAAUAGAAAUAAGAAAGUUCAGAUCUGUUGAGGAACUUGACGAAGCAAUGAUAAUGAGAUGCAAUGAGUUGAAGAAUCAUUCUGGCUUCAAAAAUUUAGAGUAUGAUAUAGAAAUAUUUGCUGGAAGAAAUGUGUUUACCAAUGGCGAUGCCUGGGGAGCGUUCAAUCUUAAGGGAGAGGCUGUGGCAUUAACAUUAGCAUUUGACCUUAUGUUUGAACCCUAUGAAAGCUCAAAUAGCUAAUAGAAAAGAAAUAAGAACUCAAUACUAAAAAGAUAAUGGGCGAGAAAAUUCCUAAAUUCUAAACCAGGAGAAUAUUGCUAUGUCGGGUAUGCUGUAGCGAGAAAUGAUUAUAGAAGAUUGAACUUGGUUACUUAAAUCAUUCAAAAUAUUAAAGACGAUCUAACUAAAAACUCGAGUUUUAACCAUCUUAUCGGGAUCGGAGUUUCUAGAGAGGGAUUUUUAUGUUUGAAAAAUUUCGGAUUUAAAAUAUUAUAAUUUCAAGGAGCUUAGGGAGAAGACGAUAAAAAUGAAUACUACAAUGGUGGAGAAAUGAAAAAAGGCAUGGCUUUUUCAGUAUUACAAAUUUAUAAUCUUGAUAAGAAAAAAGAGUCUAAUUAUGAUGCAAAAUUAUGA